AUGCAAUGGAUCCCCUGUGGACGUGCGACGAUGACGGCGAUGAAUCAACUCAACCUUCCGGGAGUCAAGAAUGUUUUCUCUUCGGUAUUCGGCGAAGAAGCCCUGUCAGAAAGCCAGUGUCGACGAUGGUUCCAGCGUUUCAAAAACGGUAAUGAAAGCUUGGAGGACGAAGAACAUGGAAGUCGGCCUCAAGUCGUCGAUAACCAAGUGUUGAAGUCCGUCAUUGAAUUGGAUCCAUGCCAAACCACUCGAGAACUGGCAACACAUUUCGGCUGCUCAAACUCUACCAUCCAUGAACCUUUGCUGGUAAUUGGCAAGAAGAACAGAUUGGAGAACAAGGAAGAGAGUGAGAGAAGAUUUCGUUACAAAAUGCAUGGAUUAGGUGAAGCUGGAUCCUAUGAAGCAGAAGCAGCACAAAACGAGCCUUCCUCGAAGGAUGAGAACUGCGUGUUAUGCGUGUGCUCUCGUUGUGACGUGCCAAUACGAGAGAGGUUCGUCCAUCGAAUUCUUGAGCGGAAUCCAGAGAAUGACAUUUGUUUUCCAGCUCAUGGUCUAGCGAUCUGCCGAGGCUGGGCUCGGGCUAAGUGA